AUGCUGUCCCGAACCAUCAGACCCGCGGCGCGCUGCGCCCGCCAGACCCCUCGCGUCCAGCUCGCCCAGAAUGCCAGGACCCAGACGGCGCGCUCCUCGAAACGCUUCCAGAGCACCGGAAGCAGCAGUGCCUCUUCAGCGUCAUCCGGCGCCUCGCCGGCCCUGGUCGGCGCCGCCAGCGGUGCCGCCGCCUCCGUCGUCGUCUUCUACACCUGGUACGCGACCAGCGGCAUGAAGGACGUCGUCGCCGCCGGCAAGCAGGUGAAGCAGUACGCCGAGGCGGCCAAGCAGAAGGUGCAGGAGAAGACGCCCAACGCCGGCGAGGCCUACAAGUGGGUGCGCGACACGGCCAAGUCGUACGCCGCCUUCAUCCCCGGCGCGGGGCGCUACAUCGACCAGGCCUUCGACGACCUCGACGAGGUGCGCGAAAAGCACGGCGACGAGUUCGACAGGAUCGCCACCGAGGCCUACAACGAGCUCAAGGACCUGAGCUACCGCGGCGGCGUCAACGCCGACACGGCCGCCAAGGCCUGGGAGAUCAUCUCCAAGCACGUGGACGCGCUCAUGGACCUCGCCGGCGACGCCUCGGAGGACAUCCUCAACAACCACCCCCAGCUCAAGGACAAGCUCGGCGGCAGCUUCGACCAGCUCAAGGAGAUGGGCAACAACUUCGGCCCGCAGGCCAAGGAGGAGGUCGACAAGACCUGGAAGCAGGUCAAGGACAUCGCCGCCGGCGGCAUGGCGGCCGAGAACAUCGACAAGGUCAAGAGCCUGAUCAAGGAGAAGCAGGAGAAGCUCCGGGGCUUCGCCGACGAGGCCUGGCAGAAGGGCCUCGACAAGUCCAAGCCCUACCUCGACAAGAACCCCGAGAUCAAGAAGCUGGUCGAGGACAACGCCGACCAGCUCAAGAAGGGCAACUUCAUGCAGCUGUGGGGCCAGAUCAAGGAGAGCGCGUCGAGCGGCGACACAAAGUCGCUCGAGAAGUACAUCAAGACCGCCGUCGGCAAGGCCAAGGGCUUCGACCUGGGCGGCCUGGAGCAGUGGCUCAAGGCCGUGCCGGGAGGCAGCGAGAUCCUGCCCAAGCUGCAGCAGCUGCAGGAGGUGGCCGACAAGCGCGGCGAGGACGCCGAGAAGCUGGUCAAGGAGACGAUGAAGGACCUGCAGGAGGUGCUGGCGAAGCGGGCCGAGCAGGCCAAGGAGCUGGCCGAGGGAGUCAAGGACGACGCGAAGAAGCCUUCAAAAUGA